UACUUGAAAAGAAACAUGUUACACUCUGCACUUCUGGUUCUUCUUGCUGUUAUUGGCAGUAUAAGCGCUUCUGGGAACUAUGGAGAUAUCGCUGGUAUUCCAACUACAGGUGCUUCAUGUAAAACAGCCAGACAAGACAGACUGGACUAUUGCGGUGUCAGAGCAUCUGAGCGUAUGGCACAGACAGAUCUCCAAAGAGUAAACAACCUUAAGGCUAAAAUUAAAUCCGUGGCUAACAAAAAAGGAAUGGAUGCUGCUGUCAUCGCUGGAAUCAUAUCUCGUGAAUCACGUGGUGGGAGUGUUCUGAAAAACGGAUGGGGUGAUGGAGGCAAUGCCUGGGGAGUGAUGCAGGUUGACAAAAGGUUCCAUAAGCCUAUUGGAGCCUGGAACAGUGAGGAACACAUUUCUCAGGGCACAGAUAUUCUAAUUGGAAUGUUUAAUAGCAUCAAGAAAAAAUUCCCCAACUGGACAACAAAUCAACAACUGAAAGGAGCUAUUGCCGCUUAUAAUGCUGGGCCAGGACGUGUCAGCAGCUUUAGUGGGGUGGAUAAUUUCACUACUGGAAAAGACUACUCCAAUGAUGUGGUUGCACGUGCAAGAUUUUAUUGGAGAAGUGGUUACUAAUUAAUGAUUUCUUUCCUAUUAAAACUAUGCCCUUAAUAAUCCAUGCUUUGCUUUAACCUGUCAUGUGCGAUUAUGUAGUAAAAGUAGAGCAAAUGUCAAAAUGCAACUAAA